AUGAAUGAAAUCAUCUCUGAUGAAAAUCUACAGAAAUUAAACACAGAGUUUGAGGUCCUCUAUUUGUUGUAUCACAGAAAUAGCAACCAGCAUAAGACUGCAGCUUGGUGGUCUAAUUUUAACCUUCUCCUGAGGAAACUUCGAUGCAUACUUACUCUCUCAUUGGAUGUCCAAGAUCUCUCCAAGAAGACAAAAUUGGCGAAUAAAGAGGAGUUGAUUAGAGAAAAGCUCUAUACCAUUGUUCAAAUAUCUCAGUACCUGGCUUCCAAAACGAUAGCUUCUUCUUAUAGGCAGUUUUAUUCUGUUAUUGCUCUGGGUCAAUUCAUCACAUUAGGAUUCACAUUAAUAGGACUCUUGGCUAGGGUUUAUUGCAUACUACUAUCUAUCAGGGGAGUGGAAGGAAAUGUUGGGUUUGAGAAAGAGAUCAAGAUGCAUGUGGACAAUGGUGAUAUUAUUGUUCACACUCAAGAUUUGAACCUUAAGGAGCCUGUUGCAUUUGAUACUUUGAAUGAGAUCAAGCCUAAGAGAACUUUCAAGCAGGAGAAAAGAAAGAAGAGAAAGAACGCCAUUGAUGACAUCUUUGGCUGA